AUGCUCACCGCAAUAACAAACACAACCCUCUCCGACGACGUCUACGCAGAAGACACUACAACCUCCGCCUUCGAAACCUCCCUCGCAAAACGCUGCGGCCACGCCGCCGCCGCCUUCGUCCUCACAGGCACAAUGGCAAACCAACUCGCCCUCCGCACCCUCCUAACCCACCCCCCGCACGCCGUCCUCGCCGACGCUUCCGCGCACAUAAUCCACUGGGAAGCCGGCGGCGUAGCGCACCUCUCGGGCGCCAUGGUGCAAGGGAUCCGCCCGCGCAACGGGCUGUACUUAACCCUAGAAGACAUCGAGAAACAUGCCGUCGUGACGGACGAUGUACAUAAAUGCCCCACGCGGGUGGUGAGCAUCGAGAAUACGUCCUCCGGCGUGGUCGUGCCGCUGGCGGAGCUGCAGAGGAUCAGAGAGUGGACGAGCGCCAAGGGGAUCGCCGUACACAUGGACGGCGCGCGGCUUUGGGAGGCCGUAUCCGCGGGCGCGGGAACACUGGAGGGCUUUGGACGGUGCUGUGAUGUGCUCACGCUGGACUUUAGCAAGAACCUCGCCGCGCCGAUGGGCGCCAUGGUCCUCGGCUCCGCUGAUCUCAUCAAGCGCCUGCGACGUAUUCGCAAGAGUAUAGGCGGCGGGAUGAGACAGGCCGGCAUCCUCGCCGCCGCGGCGCGGCAGGCUGUUCUCGAGAACUUCGGUCCCGGCAGCCGGGAUGAGAGGGGCGUGUUGGGGAAGAGAGUCGGUGUUUCCCUCCAUCUCUAA